CCCAAGAUGGCGGCAGGAUUGAAAAGUUGUUGCCGCGGCAGCCGCGUCCCUCGCUUGGCUUGAGCCUCCCGCUCUUCCGCGGGCGGCUAUGGCGGCGCAGUGAGGGGAGAGGGGACCCGGGCGGGGAGAUGCCUCCGGGCCCCGCCUGAGACAUGGAGGAGGAAGGCAAGAGGGGCAAGAAGCCUGGAAUAGUGUCCCCUUUCAAGCGCGUCUUCCUGAAAGGCGAAAAGGGCCGGGAUAAGAAGGCCCAGGAGAAAGUGACGGAGAGGCGGGCCCUGCACACUGUGCCGCUCUCCUUGCCUGACCGUGUGGAGCCGGACGUCCUCUUGAACGACUACAUCGAAAAGGAAGUGAAGUAUUUAGGUCAAUUAACCUCUGUCCCAGGGUACCUGAACCCUUCCAGCCGAACUGAGAUCCUGCAUUUGAUAGACAAUGCUAAGAGGGCACAUCAGCUUCCAGGCCAGCUGACCCAAGAACACGACGCUGUGAUCAGCCUCUCGGCCUACAACAUCAAGCUGGUGUGGCGAGAUGGCGAAGAUAUCAUCCUCAGGGUCCCCAUCCAUGACAUCGCAUCGGUCUCCUACAUCCGCGACGACUUGUUGCACUUGGUGGUUUUGAAAACAGCUCAGGACCCCGGGAUUUCCCCCAGCCAGAGUCUUUGCGCCGAAAGCUCGAAGGCUCUCACGUCAGGGUCACUCUCAGAGAGCGGGGUGGUUCCCGUCGAGGCCUGCUGCCUGGUGGUCCUGGCCGCAGAGAAUAAAGUAACGGCGGAAGAACUCUGCUCCCUUCUCAGCCAAGUCUUCCAUAUUGUUUACACGGAGUCCACCAUUGACUUCCUAGACAGAGCAAUAUUUGAUGGGGCCUCCACGCCAACGCGACACCUGUCCCUGCACAGCGACGACUCUUCUACAAAAGUGGACGUGAAAGAUUCCUACGAAACUGAAGCAAGCACUUUUUCUUUUCCUGAGUCCUUGGAGGCCGGCGGCAACUCCCCGUCUUCCUUCUCGGCCCAGACCUCCCCGCACGCCAAGACGGCCAGCGAAAGCGAGCUGAGCACCACCGCCACGGAGCUGCUCCAGGACUACAUGAUGACGUUACGAACAAAACUCUCCUCUCACGAGAUCCAGCAGUUUGCCAUGCUUUUGCACGAAUAUCGCAACGGGGCCUCCAUCCACGAGUUCUGCGUCAGCCUGCGACAGCUCUACGGGGAUAGCAGAAAAUUCCUUCUGCUAGGCCUUCGGCCGUUCAUCCCUGAAAAGGACAGCCAAUACUUUGAGAACUUCCUGGAAACCAUCGGCGUGAAGGACGGCCGGGGCAUCAUUACUGACAGUUUUGGGAGGUACCGGCGGACGGUGAGCAGCGCCUCCAACUCCACCACCAACGGCAACGGAGCCGCCGGGAGCUCGGACGACCAGUCCGCGCCCUCGGAAGGAGACGAAUGGGACCGGAUGAUCUCGGACAUCAGCAACGACAUUGAAGCUCUCGGGUGCAGCAUGGACCACGAUUCCUCCUGAAAGGGGAGCAGGAGAGAGAAGAGGCAGCUCCGUCACUCACCACCAACCAACCAACCAAUCCCCUCUCUCUCACUCCUUUUUGUUCCGGGCGAAGCGGAAAGUGUGUGUGGGGGGGGAUUCCCACACGCCUCCCCUUUCCUCGGCCAGAUUCUCCAGUGGCUGCAUUUGGUACCCACCUUGUGCUUAUCGCCCAACGGUCUCUUCUGUGAAGGAGCAAGAGUGAGCAAGCCACGAAAGAGAACUGGACGGGCCUUGAAAGGAGAGGGCCUGGCCGAAAUGGCCGGGAGCCCCCGUCUGCUUUCUUGCCGGGGGAUGAAUUGCCGGAGAAGCCAUGAACCCAAGAGGAGGAAGGAAGGAGCCUGGGUCUUGAUGAGGCCCCCGCCAACCCACGCAAGGGACCCCACAGACCGGUUUCCGGUUUUGCACAUGACAUUUCUAACCUUUUUUUUUUUUAAAUGAACUUCAUUGCAAUGUGAAUAACUUAAUAUUCCAAGUGUUUGUCAUAACAUUUCCAGUUCAGAUCAGAAGGUGGCCUUGGUCGUGAAGCAGGGACCGGCCGUCUGUAGCAGCCCGGUUGAAGCGGAGUUCUCUCCUCGGCUUCGGUGCUCGCUGCCGGGUGGUGUUGGGCAAGCUCAGCCCGGACGCCCUCGCUCCUGUUGGGAGGCGCCGUCCGGCUCCUGCCAAACCCCGCAGCUUACCUCCAGCAAAGCCCUCAGUGAGCGAGGCUGCCCGUGCUUGAGCAAACGUUCCCGUACUAGCCAAACGCUAGCAGUUUCCCAGCACACUUGCUGGUUGACGGCAUUUCCCUAGCCCAAGGGCCUGUGUCUGUGUGUGUGGUUUUUCUUUGCGGUGCGUGGCUCCCUACAGAGUUCGGGGGUGCUACCGUUUCUACCUGGGCGUUGCGUGAAUCUGAAGGGUGUGUGGAGGGGUGGUCCCAGCAGGACGGGUUUGCAAGUCUCGGCUGGGUGAAAAACAGCUGGCACAGCCUCUGCAGCUGGCCUGGGCCCCGAGCUGGACAUUGGGUGUCCGGCGGUGCCAGUCUGCAGCCGAUGGGAGGGUUUGGGUUCCUUCCAUUUUAUGGUGACAGUUUACUUGGGGCGUCCGAAGCCCACCGGAGCUCUGGUAUGGAUCACAUCGGUUGCUUUCUAAGCGUGAGAGUUGACAGCAAGCUAACGGGUGGAUCGGCCUUUUGAUUUGGGGUUUGUUUUUUCGUUUUUAAAGGAGCACGGAGUGGAAGAAAUAUAUACAUAAUGUAUAUGCGUUGUAUAUAUUAUACAUAUAAAAUGCACAGUUAUUUUUGUAUGUGUAUUUCAUGCCAUGAGAUCUCUGCUAGCUACUAUAAACUGACCUGUACGCUAUUCUAGCUCUUUG